AUGGCUGAGCGCGGCCUCCAGUUCGAUACGAACACCUUUCAUGGUGGUACGGUCCAGCAAGGAAACCGACAUGCUUCGAUAACCUUGAAUGUCCUACCAACCAACAAUUCAAUCCUCGAGCAGUUUUCGCGAGAAGGCAUCGUCGACAUUCUCAGAGCAACGCUCGCCGACGAGAGUCUUCCCCGACCAACCCCUCCGCAACCACAACCUCAGCAGCAGCAAUACCAGCAACAGCAACAAUACCAGCAACAGCCACAAUAUCAGCAGCAGCUACCAUUCCAGCAGCAACAACCCUUCCAGCAGCAACAACCCUUCCAGCAGCAACAGCCAUACCAACAGCAACCAUACCAGCAGCAGCCGUACUACCAACCGCAACAACAACAACAAUACCAACAACCCCCACCCCAACCCCGUCACGCCAACCCCCAAACCCCGUGCUGGCUCGUCCCCUUUGGCCGCAACAACGACUUCGUCGGCCGCGAACCCCUCCUCGACCGCCUCCUCUCCACCGUCCCGCCCAGCGCCAGCCCCCACACCUGCCAACGCAUCGCCAUCGAAGGCCUCGGCGGCGUCGGCAAGACCCAGCUCGCCCUCGAGACCGCCUUCCGCGUGCGCGACAAACACCCCGACUGCCACAUCUUUUGGCUCUGCGCCAUCGACACCGCCACCCUCGACAAUGGCUACCGCGCCAUCGGCCGCAAGCUCGGCAUCCCGGGCCUCCUCGACGACGCCGCCGACGCCGCCGACGCCGUCGACGCCAAGGACGCGGUGCGUCGCGCCCUGAGCACGAGCGAGUUCCCCUGGCUCAUGAUUGUCGAUAAUGCCGACGACGCGCGCCUCCUCGCCCCGGACGACGGCGACGACAACGCCGCCUCGGCGCCCCAACCCCCACUGGACCAAUACCUCCCGCGCAGCAACCGGGGCUCGCUCCUCUUCACCACGCGCAACCACCAAGUCACCACCGGCUUCGGCGUGCGCCCGGCCAACGUGGUGCGCCUCAGCGAGCUCGACGCCGCCGAGGCGACGCCAUCCCCCGCUGCUCGAGUUCCUCUGCGCGCUGCCCUGGCCAUCAAGCAGGCCACCGCCUUCAUGGACCAGGUCGGCAUCAACGUCGCCGAGUACCUGCAGCACUGCCGCGCCAGCGACCAGCGCCUCGUCGCGCUGCUGAGCGAGGACUUCAACGACCUCGGCCGCUACCGCCAGACCAAGAACCCCAUCGCCACCACCUGGCUCAUCUCCUUCAACCACCUCUCCCGCGACAACCCCCUCGCCGCCGACUACCUCAAGUACAUGUGCUACAUGGCCGAGAAAAACAUUCCCAAGAUCCUGCUGCCCGCCGCCGACGACGAGCUCCAGAUGGCCCGCGCCCUCGGCACCCUCAAGGGCUACGCCUUCAUCACCCAGAGCCAGGACAACAAGGACUUUUACCACAUGCACCGCCUCGUCCGCCUCGCCAUGCGCAACUGGCUCGAGACCGAGGGCCUCGCCACCAGCCAGAUGCAUUUCACCGAAAGGAACAUUCUCUGGAUGGUGUGCCGGCCCCACUUGAUCACCGCCAUCGCCUCCAUCCCGACCACCGUUGUCGAUCUCGAAAUCGCCGCCGCCGCCCUUCUCUUCGCCAUGAUUAGCCAUUUUCUCGGCCAGUGGCACGGGUGCGGCCAGCUAUCGCGCCUGGCCCUCCGGCUCCGCGGGUCCCACCCGGACCACCUGGGCAUGGAUCGCGACGGGACCGCCAUCCUCCAGAGAAUCUACACCCAGCAGAUCAAUAACCCCACACCGGAGAACCGGCGGUCCAUGCUCGUCACCAUCAACAAUCUAGGCGUGAGCUUGAAACGCCAGGGCAGGCUCGCCGAGGCCGAGGCCCUCUACAAGCACGCCAUCCGCAUCUGCAAGGAAAACAUGGACACCGGCUCCCACAUCGUGUUUAGUCUCGCCGGGAACCUGGCGCACAUCAUGCUGGGCCAGAAAAAGCUCGCCGAGGCCAAGGAGUUCCUGCUGCGCGUCUUCCGCGCGUGCAAGACCACCAACGGCUCCCACCACCCCACCACCCUCAUGCUCGCCAUGCUCUUGGGCGAGGUGUACAUGAUCCUCCGCAACUUUGACCGCGCCGAGCUGCUCUUCAGGCUGGCCUACCAGGCGCAGACCACCAUCCUCGGGCGCGAGCACCCCACACCAUCACCGCCAUGCGCUACCUCUUCCACGCCAUUGACGCCUUACAGCAGUCUUUACAUCCCCCUCUUCAUCGGGCGCAUCCUCAUCGGACACAUCCUCACUAAUCUCAUCUUCAUCGGAUGCAUCUUCAUUCAUCUCAUCUACAUGGGACACAACCUCAUCAAUCGCAUCCUCAUUAGACACACCCUUAUCAGUAGCAUCUUCAUCGGACCUAUCUCCAUUCGGCGCAUCCACUUUAGCUUCAUCCCCGCCAGACACAUGCUCACCGGCCGUAUCUUCGUCGCCCGCAACCCCAUUAGCCGUGCCUCCAUCUGCGCCUACACCACCCACACACACGCCGUGUACACCUAUGAUGUCCCACGUCAUCACAAUGCCAACGGGUCCCACCAACCUUAA